GGCAGAAAGGCCGUUUAGUCGUGUCGUUUUGCGUUGAAGCUGCUUUAAAGGAAGACUUUUGGGUGUAGGUGCCCAUUCCGAACGUUUACGCACAGAGACGCAGGAAAACACAGAAACAGCUGAACGUUGCAAGACGCAAAAGAAAAAAGGGUCAAAAUAUUUAUAUUCUUUUUGAAAAGGGAGGCGCUGAGAUCCCCUUUCCGCCCGAUUGGCCCAACUUGACAGUGAUUGACGUGCAUCCAUGGCAACCGAGCAGCCAAUCUGCCAAGUCCAAUAGGAAAUCAUCGGAGGGGGCUUGACUAGCUUUUUUUUCUCCCCCCACUUAAAAAUACAUCUCGGCUCCGGCUUUAAUUCUUUCCUGCAUUCAAUCCCAGCUACCUUGAAAAAGACCCCGGCGCUCAGGCUUCACGUUCCCCCUGCACCUUCAGCCCUUUGCCUGCCAAGUUUAGACCCGAGGAUGCGGUAGCCGGGCCCCCCCCGCGCACACAGCAUCGUCCCUCCUCCGCGGCGUUUGGUGCGUGCGUUUUUGUCACGGCUGGUCAGACGAUUGGUUCGGGAUUGCCUUGGUUUUUUCGGGUGCUUUGGACAGCCUUGGCGCACGGAGAGAAGACGCGGAGGAGAGAGAGAGGAGAGGAGAAAGGAGGGGGAGAGAGAAACGCAGCAGAAGCCUCCAUGUUUCAGCUGCCUAUCUUGAAUUUCAGCCCCCAGCAGGUCGCCGGGGUCUGCGAGACUCUGGAGGAGAGCGGGGACGUCGAGCGCCUGGGCCGCUUCCUCUGGUCGCUGCCCGUCGCGCCAGCGGCCUGUGAGGUCCUCAACAAGAACGAGUCGGUGCUGAGGGCCAGGGCUGUAGUCGCCUUCCACACCGGUAAUUUCCGUGAACUCUAUCACAUCCUAGAGAACCACAAGUUCACCAAAGAGUCGCAUACGAAGCUGCAGGCGCUGUGGCUGGAAGCGCACUACCAGGAGGCGGAGAAGCUGCGGGGCCGCCCGCUGGGGCCGGUGGACAAAUACAGGGUGCGCAAGAAGUUCCCGCUGCCCAGAACCAUAUGGGACGGAGAGCAGAAAACCCACUGCUUCAAAGAAAGAACCCGACACUUGUUAAGAGAAUGGUAUUUGCAGGACCCGUACCCGAAUCCCAGUAAAAAGAGGGAGCUUGCACAGGCUACUGGACUCACACCCACACAAGUGGGAAACUGGUUUAAAAACCGGAGACAAAGAGACAGAGCGGCGGCUGCCAAGAACAGGCUACAGCAGCAGGUUCUGUCCGGCGGCUCGGUUCGCUCCCUGGCGGACGACGACGGCACCGUGGACCGCCUCGGGAACUCGUCCAGUCCGGAAGCAAGUCUGUCCAGCAAAGCGGCCGCCUCGGCCAUCUCCAUCACCUCCAGCGACAGUGAAUGUGACAUAUGACGGCAGAUCGGAGGAUAUGACGCGUGGAAGGAGAUACGAGAGAAAGACAAUCUAAUAAAACAAGUAACAGUGCCUGCGUUGAGUUAAACACACACACACACACACACACACACACACACACACACACACACACACACACACACACGGCUGCCAAAACAUGAGGCGAUCCUCAUCCUAUUAGGCCUAUGCGUCUGUUUGCGUUUGACCCACGUGGAUAACAGAAAAAGGACAGAACACACCGUUUCAUGGACUAAUGACGCUUCAAGAUGAAUAAAAAGAAAAAUGGAGGAGUUGAAAUAAAGAAAAAGGGAUGGUUUAUUUCAACCUGGCGCUAACCUGCUGUUCUCUGUGGGUAUUUCAUGUUGAAAAAGAACUGUGAUAUUUUUACUUUAAAGUUUUAUAAAUAAUGUUUAUUUGCUUAUUUUAAAAUGAUCUGCUCUGUCUCCUUCGAAAUUCAUAUUCAUUUGCUUGGUGUUUUUAAUACUUACCUUGUCCACAGGUAAACCUGUUGAGCAUGCGCGCUUUAGUGAAAAUGUGUUUCAGUAAAACAAAACAAAAAAAAAAGGGAAAAAAAAGAAGAAGUAAAGAUAACUUAAUAAAAUAACUGUUGAUCAAUAAGUUCAUUCUCUUUUUUUAUUCAUAUUGCGGACAGUUCUGUUAAAGCAAUGUCAAUUAUCACUGUGACGCUGGGUGAGGAGCGUUUUGGGUAUCAUAACGCACGGUGCCGCGUUCACUGACACGUUUUAGAGCGAGGUCUAAUUGGCCAGCAUGCUCUGCGUCCUGUAAUGCAGGGUGACAGCGAGAGGUCACCGAGAGGCCGGCUCACUAACCCGGAUGAUCCGCGGGAGAGAUCAUGGAGAUCAAAACACAACAGAUUGUGGACUCAGUGCGCGUGCAGGAGGAGAGACGCGCAGAAAUGCAUGUGUUGAUUUUCCCAAGAAAUCAGCAAUCAGACCGAAACGAAGCUGCUAAUGAGCAGGAACAAUUAAUCCUGCAGCACCUCUAACGGUUUACCUUUUAGCGUGCGUGCAGAAAUAAAGCGCACCCUCGAUUCUGCUUAAUAGUCACUAAAAGUACAUUUUCUUCAGUCUGAAAAUGAAUUUAAAAACUGUUUUUGCAAUUUUAGAUUUGAAUCUUCAUCCAUUUAAUUACAUGAAUGAAUCAAACAAAACUUUCGGGUUGAAAAAAACAACAACAGAAGGCAAACUGUGGCUGAGAAGAUAAAAUAAGGAUUUUAUUUUGUGUUUUUGCUGCUGUUCUUUUUAAACCCUAGCUUGGACAAGGCUAAAAGAAAAGCUAAAUAUUUCCGUUUCCAUUCAAACUGGAUGAAAACGCCUUUCCCAGUCAAAAAGGUUGUCAAACUGGUCAGCGGUAAUCAGUGCUAAUGAUGGGUCUGGGGUCCCGGCUCGGACAAAAGGGGCCCUGCUGCUGUUUUUGUGAAGAGAAGCGACCAAAGAAAAGAGUCCAGUUUGAGUCUGAAACACGGAACUUCCUCAUCUGGGAGCGCGCGCUCCUUCUCCCUGAAUUAGAUAAAGAAUUUAUGUUUUCAUCAGAAUUUUUAUUUAUACAUCAAUAUAUCGUUUUUGUCCGAUAUAAUGAAGUGAAACACGGCAUCUACAUCUCCAUAGACGUGAUUUGUCGCGAGUUGGGAUCAGGCUCUUUCAGAUGUGUUGUGUGAUGGAGGGCAGGCUGCAGCCUUGGCUCGGUUGAAUCUCUCUUUCAGCUCACAGACGCGUGUUUUGUUUGGAAAGAAUGCGAAUCGCAGUUUUCUGUCUGCUCAGCUCCUGAUUUUAGUCAAUUUGACUGAAUAAGAUCCGCGUUUAUAGCUGACAAGCCUCCGAGACUUUAGAUGAAUCAUCAUUGAUUUAUUUACUCGAUAACACGAAUAAUAAUAAUAAUAAUAAUAAUAAUAAUAAUAAUAAUAAUAAUUUGCCCAAUUUAGAUCACAAGAACAUAGGUUAUUUAUUAUUUUAAUGAAUUUUUAGAUUUUUAAAAUUUUGACUUUUUUGUGUGGUCAAACUCUUAAGGGAAGUUCUGUUGUCCUCCUGCCAUGACCCUUACUUUUAUUGGUCAUGUCAGAGAGACAGCAUCCAUAAGUUGUUCCAGAGUCCAUUAUUUGAUGCCAUGAAGGCAAAACUUGGACUAAAAGCUUAAAACCUAACAUGAUAAUUCCAGAGAGCCAGGCUUCAUCUCCUGAAGAUGUGCAGAUGCAACAACCCGCAGUUGCUUUAUUUAGCUGGUCUUGUUUCAUUAAUGAUCACAAUGUUUUGGCCCUAACUCUAACCCUGCUACAUCUUGUUUGCAGGAGUUUGCAGGUCAUUAUGAUUUUUAUUACCUGAAAAAGUCAGAUUUAAUUCUUUUUAUGUGCAUUUCUGUUGGAAUUUUACUCCUGCAGACAGACCUGCAAUACCCACUUUUACCAUGUUUGUAUUUUUUUUAGCUUUCAACUGUAAAAUCAAAUGAAAUUGUCAUGUGACAUAUCAGCCCAUUGUACACGUUUUAUUAAUGAUAACCAAACAAAUAUCUCUGCUUCUUAAUGCGUAUGCAGCAUCCACUGUAACAUAAAAAGUUAUUAUUCUAAAUGAAGACAAGGGUGGUUUCAUUUUUGUAAUCCCACACUGAGUCACUUAAAUAUUUAUGCUCCUUCCAUGAACCCAUUCUUCCAGGAACAUGACUAAAUAUAAGUUGCUUUAUCAUUCAUCCUUUGAGUCAAAAUGUGCAAAUUUCCAUCUCAUCACUUGUCUGGACUCAGCUGAGAUCUUCGAUCCAGAGAGCUCUUAGUCCUGGACUUUCUCUAAGUCCUCUGUCAUAAACGUAUUCCUUGUUCACGAGGUCAAACUACGAUUCACUUUCUGAUCUUAAAAAAUGAAGCAAUCAAAAUAUUUUAUUUGGAUGCCAGAGGUAGAUGUGUAGUUUUUCCUAUUAUUUUUUAAAUCAUUGAGCAAAGACCGUGAACUAAAAAACACAUUAAAGUAUUUUAUUUUCCCUCCAAAGUCUUGAAAACGUGACGAUAUUGUUUCUGCUGUGUGCAAACUUGGUUUAGUUUCCUUCCCAGAGGUUUUCUUCUCCAACACAACGUGUCACGUGUGCAGAGGUGCAGACGCACAGGUAUAGUCAGCCUCUUUCAUUUGGAGCACGCCUCAAAAAGGGAACCACGCGUUUGUGUCGCCCCCUGGUGGUGGAGAGGAAUCAACACUUGUU